AUGGCAGAGGCAGCGGCUGCUGCGAAGGCCGGAGACUUCAAUGCGUUGUCCAAAGCUGCUUCCUCUGCUCAGCAGGGCUUUCAGCAGGGCUUCUCUGACAUCACAGGGAAAGCAAAGGGGAUGGCCAAGCAAGCCUCCACGACCAUUUCGGAGAAUGCAAUUUCCAGAGAGAGGUGGAUGACCUUCUUUGGGGGAGCUCUACUUGGUCUUGCCUUCGUGUUCCUGUGCGUGCCUUGGCCUAUCGUGGUUCUAAUGCCGCAGAAAUUUGCGUUGCUUUUCACCCUUGGUUCACUUUGCUUCCUCGGAAGCUUUUCGGCCCUUCGUGGGCAUGCGGCUUUUGCGAGGCAUUUGUUUUCCCGCAGCCGGCUUCCUUUUACAUUGACCUACAGCGGUUCCAUGGGCGGCACUCUCUGGGCCUCGCUGAUCUACAGGUCCUAUUUGUUGACCAUUGCCUUCUCUGCGGUGCAGGUGAGUUCACUAGUGCUGGCAUCCCAGAUGCGGGUAGAUGUGGUUCCUGUUGUCGUACAUUCCUGGAGGGAGGCGUGCGCUGAGCCUUGUUACGGGCAUGGCUUGGAGGAUAUGCAAAGGAUGCUGCAAGUGCGCAAGCAAGGGAUCGUUACUACCAUUUUGAGGCACGGACUUGUGGCUCAGGCUUCUGUUGGCCCAUGCCUGAUGCCUCGACGAAGUCGAGGAAGUGUAUUUGCAAUCGCUUCGCUUGUGGAUAGUGCGCUGGAUUUUCCAUUCACUUGCAGCUUCGACAUUUCAGGGCAGGGGGUUGCGUACCCGGUCGAGGCAAGGCAAUGGGCCCGGCAAGCGGUGCCAGAAUCAGCUGACAUGCUGAUGAAAUGGCUGGCGCUGCUGGGCGCAUUUGCGCAAGGCUUGGCCGUAGCCUAUAGGGAGCUUGGCCACAAGUGGAAGCACAUCCAAGAAAACCCCUUCGGUGACGGCUUCCGCGCAGGAGCUUCCGUCGUUGCCCUUGCAGACAAGCGGUCGCCGGGCUACAUUGUUGAUUCACAAGGCCGGCGUGUGCGGCUUCACUGUGUCAACUGGUAUGGUGCACACCUGCCGCAGCUGGCGGCCAAUGGACUCAACCGUCAGACAGCAGGAGAGAUCGCACGCACCAUUGUAGCUUCGGGCUUCAAUUGUGUCCGGCUGCCAUUCAGUUUGGAUGGCGUUGUCGGCAACAUCUCCCGUCUCCCCAACCCCGAGGUGUCCCUGGCGGCGAAUCCCGCGAUCCAGGACGUCUCUCCUUUGGAGCUCUUCGAUGUGACGGUGCAUGAGCUGACGGCCAACGGGCUAAUGGUCAUCCUCAACAACCAUGUAUCAACAAGCAUGUGGUGCUGCAGCACCACGGACCAAGAAGGUCUGUGGUACACUUCAGCUUAUCCCGAGUCGGCAUGGCUGCAUGCUCUGGGUUUGAUGACUUCCCGUUACAAGGACAACCCACUUGUAGUCGGCUUCGAUCUUCGCAACGAGAUACGGCCAUCAGGCUUUGCCUGGCCUGGAUGGCACACGAACGAUGCUCGGACCGACUGGGCAGCAGCUUCGGUGAGAGGUGCACGCCGGGUUCUGGAUGCCAACGAAAACAUGCUGAUCAUCAUCUCUGGUGUGUAUUUUGGUCUGUUCCUUUGCCAGGUUCCUACAUAUCCUGUGCACACAGAGGUUCCGUUUCUGCGCGGCCGCGUUGUUUACACAGCCCACGAGUACAAUUGGUUUAACUUCCAUUUCCUGGCAAGGGAGAUUAUCCAGAUCUACUGCUUAGUCCUCGCCGUCGUUUUUGUGGCAAGCUGGCUUCUCAGUGCCCUGGUUCGCCGCGGACGUCGGAGCCCAAACCCUGCAACACAGCGGAUCCUACGGUACUUCUACUACAUCGCUGGAUGCACGCGAUGCCGCUGCCGCAGCAUGCGUGCCGAUGAACAGAUGGUAGCAGACGGAAACAGUAGAAGAUGCGGCUUGGAGUUCACCGUUGCGGCGCUUCUGACAGCAUUGUGUGCUCUGUGCCUCAAAGUCGUGCCGCUAUUUGUUCACACCUGUGCAUUCGAUGGCUUUAUGGCGGCCACACUGUGUGCGGUGUUUGCACCAACUCUGGCACUGGUAAGCUUGGUUCUGUGGAUCAGAGCUGCGUUUUUGGCCUUCACGCAGCAUCUGGAGCCAGCGGACUUGCGAACUCUGCGUCCGAGCAGGCCCACAUUGCCUUUACCGGAGAACGAAGAGCCCGUCCCAUCUGAGCCGUACCAGCGCAGCUGUACCACAACCUGGCAUGUAAAACAGUGCCGCUCACCGUGCUGCGUACUGCUGCUUGUGGCCUGUGUCGCAUUUUCUGGCCUCUCAGCCAUCUGGGUGGAGUUCGGUUCCUACGAGGCCUUCGAACGAGAGCUGGACUUCAAGUGGGGCUUCCUUUUGUCCGGCUCUGCCGCCGCUCCUGUCUGGCUCGGGGAGUUCGGAACAAACACAGAGUCCUUGUGGUGGGAGCACAUGCUGAGAUACUUGCAGAAGCGUGAUCUGGAUUUUGCAUACUGGAGCGUCAAUGGUGAGAAGUUCAACGGCGAGCCUGAGUCUUUCGGGCUCUUCAUGGAGAAUUUCAUAGACGUUAAGCAGCCGUGGAAGCUUCAGCAGCUGCAGGCCACUAUGAAGAUGCAGAUUGGGCCAGAGCUCAGUAGCAGCUUGUCGUGA